AUGACCAAAGCUGCAACCGGACCGGUUCUCCUGCAGAGCUUCCUCUUCCACCUGCUCCCGCUGCUGCUGCUGCUGCUUUAUGUCUCACCGGUGAGUCUGUCUGUGCAGCCCGUGCAUCCAGCGCGCUACUACGGUCAAAUAGCGGAGAACUCCCCGGCUGGGACGCCCGUGGACGGGGUGAUGCUGCCGGUUGGAGUCGGUGGAUGCCCCGGUGCGGACCUGAAUGCCAGCCUUAAAGGGGAUUACGCUUCGGAUUUUAAGCUUGUUCAUUACCACGGGCACCGGGACCACCGAGGGCAUCUCGGUUUAGUCUCCGCUAAAGUUCUGGAUCGGGAGUUUAUUGCGAUGUAUGAGCUGACAGUGGAGCUGUGUCUGAGGAGACGCGCGGCCGUGCAGGUGGAAGUGUCGGACAGGAACGACAACAUUCCCCGGUUCAUCAGCGGGAAUAAGACGGUGGAAGUGGACGAGCUGACCCGGCUCGGUGCGGAGUUGGCCCGCUUUGAGGCGAAGGAUGAGGACGCAGAGAGGAACGGGCGAGUCACCUUUUACGCAGCGCCGGAGUCUCACCUGCUCCACGUGGUUCCCCAAACCGGGCAGGUGAGGCUGGUCGGAUCUCUCCUGGGUGUCAGCCAUGUGCUGGUUCGCCUCUACGUGAAGGACAGCGGAGAUGUGGCGCUGAUAAGUGCGCCGGUGUUCCUGCGUGUUAACGUCCAGCAGAGCUCCAGCAGAGCGCAGAGGAGGCCCCGGGCUCUGGCCGAGGAGCUGACCUACACCGUGACGGUCCCGGACCACGUCAGGGUCGGGGACCUGGUGUUCACGGUGCCGGAUCAGAGGUUCGAGCAGCGGUGGUUCGAGGUGAUCUCCGAGGCAGACUCACCGGUCCAGAUCGAGCGGGACUCAGGACGUCUGUACCUGGCGCGCAGCCUGCGGGAGCCAGCAGAGGUGGUGGUGAAGAUCCAGAACCUCCGAGGUGAUGAGUGGUACCUGUGCAGGUUGACUCUGAGCAUGCCCAGUCAGGCCGACCUGCAGUGGACGAUGUUUCCUUCGCCUUACCUGAGCGCCGUCGGUCCAGACGCCACACCUGGCUCUAUAGUGUACCGCUUGUCGGCACGGCAACGAGAUGGGACGCUGGCACAGAUGCAGUUUCUGCUACUGGAUGGUGGCGAGGAGUGCUUCGAGGUGGAUCAUCGCUCCGGUGAGAUCAAGACUACCGGGCGACCUCUGACCCCCAGUAAGGAGUACCUGCUGAGGGUGCAGGCGGUGGACGGGCGCGGCUACAAAGGCCUUCCCGCCACAGUGGCCAUCCUGGCAGGUUACCGGCCGCCACAGUUCACCAACACCACCUACAGCCUGAGCGUGCUGGAGAACACACCCGUCAGUCGGCCAGUUUCGUUGGUCCAGGCCGUCUCCUUCCAGAAGAAGACCCUGUCCUACAUGCUGCUGGUGAAUCCCGGGAAUCUGUUCAGCAUCAACCAGGAGAGCGGCGCCCUCAGCCUCACCCGGACCGUCGACUACGAGAGCGGACACAACCUGCACAUGCUGCAGGUCCGAGCCUCCGAGCCCGACACCGGCCUCAGCAGCGUGGCCGAGGUCGUCGUCCACAUAGCAGAUGAGAACGACUGCACGCCUGAGUUCCUUCACUCCAUUUACACCAGAGACAGCGUACCUGAAAGCACCGCACCUGGAACCUCCCUGCUGCAAGUUCUGGCCCGUGACUGUGACUCUGGAGUGAACUCGGAGCUCUCCUACUUCGUCCACGGCAGUGACUUCGACAUCACAUCAGGGGGCAUCGUCAGCCCUGCCCGUCGCCUUGACUACGAGCGGCCCAAUCACGUCUAUGAGUUUGUGGUGGUCGCUGUGGACGCGGGAAUGCCCCCUCGCACAGGCACCGCCUCCGUCCGCAUCCGGGUCGCCAAUAGCAACGACGAGUCGCCCGUCUUCUCCCAGAGCGUUUAUAAGACUUUCCUCAGUGAAGACGCCGGUCCAGAAACGCUGGUCGCCAUCGUCCACGCCAACGACCCUGAUGGAGAUGCCGUCUCCUACGCCAUCACCGGCGGCAACGAGGACAGCAACUUCCUCCUGGACAACCAGAAAGGCAUCAUUAAGCUCCGGCGGAGUCCACCUCCCAGACUGAGAGGACCUAAAUACGUCCUGAACAUCACGGCCACAGACGAUAACGCGUCCGGCGGUCCGUUCCCGCUCAGCAGCUCGGCUCAGGUCAUCGUAGGAAUCAACGACAUCAACAACAACAAACCUGUUUUCCAGGAGUGUCAGAACUACAGCCUGAACGCGGCCGUGUUGGAGAAUCAGCCGCCGGGUUCGUUCGUGCUGCGCGUCCAGGCCCACGACGACGACAUGGGGGUCAACGGAGACGUCAAGUACGGCAUCAUGCACAGAGACGGGGUGUCGUCCGGGUUCGACAUCGACCCCGACACAGGUGUGAUCACCACGGCGAUGAGUUUCGACCGGGAGCGUCAGCGGGAGUUCACGCUGUCGGUGACGGCCACCGAUCAGGCUGAGGAGCCGCUGAUCGGCAUCUGUCAGAUCACCGUCGUCAUCGCCGACCAGAACGACAACGACCCCAAGUUUGAAAACAGCCGCUACCAGUACUUCCUGCGUGAGGACACUCCGGUGGGAACUAGUUUCUUGCGAGCGGCAGCACACGACGAUGACCAGGGGAGCAACUCUGCCAUCGCUUACUCACUGUCCAAUCAGAAGCCAGCUUACCUGCACAUCAACCCCAGCACUGGUUGGAUUUACGUCAACCAUCCGAUCUCACAGACGUCCAGGAUCAACCAGCAGAUCGUAGCGUCUGACGGAGGAAACCGCAGCAGCUCGGUGGAGCUCACCGUCAUCAUCACCAACGUCCACAACCAGCCGCCUCACUGGGAGCAGUCCGAGUACUGGGUCACCGUACCCGAAAACACCGUCCGAGACGCCAAGAUAGUGACCAUAAAGGCCACGUCUCCUCUCGGUGACCCCCGUGUCACCUAUAACCUGGAGGAGGGUCAGGUGCCAGAGACCAACAUGCCGGUUCGGUUCUACAUCAAGCCGAACCGCGCUGAUGGCUCAGCGUCCAUCCUGGUGGCCGAGAACCUCGACUACGAGACGACGCUGUUCUUCACACUCAGGGUGCGAGUGCAGAACGUCGCCGCCGUGCCGCUCGCCUCCUUCACCACCGUCUACGUCAACGUGACAGAUGUAAACGACAAUGUUCCCUUCUUCCUGUCGUCCACCUACGAGGCGACGGUUCCUGAAGGAGCGGAGAUCGGCACUUCGGUGGCUCAGGUGUCGGCCACAGAUCUGGACUCCGGUCUGCACGGGAUGGUCCACUACGUGAUCCUGAAGGAUGAGAGCGGCGACUCUCAGUUCUUCAGCAUCGACUCGCUCAGCGGAGCCAUCGUCACCCGAGCGUCCUUCGACCGCGAGCAGAAAGCCUCGUACCUCAUCGAGGUGCAGUCGCAGGACGGCUCCGAGUCGGCUCGACCGGGACAGCAGGGACAACCCAACACCGACACGGCCUACGUCAGGAUCUUCGUCACCGACGUCAACGACAACGCUCCGGCGUUCGCUUCGCCGGUGUACGAGGUGAGCGUGGAGGAGGACAAGGAGGUCGGCUUCGUGCUCAUCACCGUCACCCCCGCCAACGACGAGGACGAAGGUGCUAACGCCAAGCUGCGCUACCAGAUCACGGCAGGAAACAACAUGGGCACCUUCGACGUGGAGCCCGAGGUGGGAACCAUCUUUGUGGCUCAGCCGCUGGACUACGAGAUGGAGCAGCGCUACGAGCUCCGGCUAGUGGCCUCCGACGGGAAGUGGGAGAACGAGACGCUAGUGGUGGUUCAGGUGGUGAACCGUAACGACGAGGCGCCCGUCUUCACUCAGAGCGAGUACCACGCUGCCGUGACCGAGGAGCUCACGGAGCUGCCGGUUUUCAUCCUGGAGGUUUCAGCCACCGAUCCAGACCAGGAAGCAGACCAGACCGCCCUUCGCUACUCGCUCCAUGGACAAGGUGCCGGCGGUGAGUUCACCAUCAAUGAACGCACCGGGAGAAUUUACGCCCAGCGACGCCUGGACCGAGAGGAGCGGCCGGCCUGGAGAUUCCUCGUCCUGGCCACAGACGAAGGAGGAGCGGGACUCACAGGCUUUGCCGAUGUUCUAUUAGAGGUGCGAGACGUGAACGAUAACGCUCCCUUCUUCCCGUGCCCGGCGCUGGAAGUAGACGGCUGCUUCGUCGGCCAAGUACCUGAAAACUCCCCCGCUGACACCUCAGUCAUGGAGAUGCGUGCCAUGGACCUGGACGACCCCAACGAGGGCAAGAACGCCAUGUUGACCUACAGCAUCAUCAAGAACGUCCGCAAUGAGAUCAACCUCAACCUGUUCUCCAUCAACGCCACCACGGGAACGAUCUACACGGUGCUGCGCUCCCUGGACCGCGAGGUGGAAGAGCGGUAUCUGGUGGUGGUGGAGGCCAGGGAUGGAGGCGGUUUGGCAGGGACGGGGACAGCCACCAUUAUGGUUUCAGAUGUCAAUGACCACCCGCCCGUCUUCACUCAGAGGAUCUACACCGCUCAGGUAACAGAGGACCUGGAGGUGAACAGCGAGGUCCUCGUAGUUUCUGCCACAGAUGGCGACCAGGACGAGAACGCUGUGGUGACCUUUAGCAUUGUCGGUGGAGACGAAGACAGGAAGUUCUUCGUGGAGACGGACAAGGUGAACCGGCGCGGCGUGAUCAAACUGAAGAAGAAGGUCGACUUUGAGAAGCCCCAUGAGAGGACUUUCAAUCUAACUCUGAAGGCCGAGGACGCCGACUUCUUCAGCCUGGCCUACUGUCUGGUUCAGGUGGAGGACGCCAAUGACCACGCCCCCGUCUUCUUCCCGCAGUUUUACGAGUCGCCGGCCAUGUCCGAAGACGUACCCGUGGGGACUAUUGUUAGUCAGGUCACAGCUUCGGAUCUAGACUCAGGCCAGAAUGGACGAUUUUCCUACAGUAUCUCCAAAGAGUCCGACCCCUACAGUCAGUUCCUGGUGGACCAGUCCGGUUGGGUAGUCGUGGCGGAUUCUCUGGACAGAGAGAAGAUCUCGCAGCACAGGAUCAUGGUCCUGGCUACAGAUACUGGGACUCCUUCCCUGACUGGCACUGCCAUCGUCGUGGUAACCGUACUGGACAUUAACGACAACGGCCCGGAGUUUGAGGUUCCCUAUAAGCCCGUUGUUUGGGAGAACACGCCGGCCCCUCAGGCGGUGCAAAUGAACGACACCUCCCUGCUGCUCCACGCCACCGACCGCGACACCUCCACCAAUGGCGGACCGUUCUCCAUCCGGCUCCUCAUGCUCACCUCCGACGCCACCAACUUCAACUUGACGGACUUUCGGAACGGCAGCGCAGCCGUCACGGCUCUCCGGACCUUCGACCGCGAGCGGCAGAAGGAGUACCGCCUCCCGAUUCUCAUGAUUGACAGCGGCUCUCCUCCAAUGAGCUCCACCAGCACGCUGACGGUCGUCAUCGGCGACAGGAACGAUCACCCUCACUCGCCAGGACACACAAACUUCAUCGUCUACAGUUAUGAAGGUAUUCUCCCGACAACGGCGCUCGGACGAGUUCAAUCCCCUGACCUUGAUGACUGGAGCGAGAAGGUGUACCGAUUUGAAGGCAAACCGUCCAGGUUGUUCAGUUUGAAUCACAGUUCGGGUCAGCUGAUUAUCAGAGAGGGAACUCCUCCCGGCUCCUACUUCCUGCAGGUGAGCGUAUCAGACAACACCUGGCCUGAUGUCAUCUCCACGGCUCAGGUCGACGUCACGGAGCUCAGACAGGAAGCUCUGAGGAACGCCGCCUCCCUCCGCCUGUCCAACCUGACAGUGGAGCAGUUUUUCGGCAGUAGCGGAGGAGAGGAGAGUCGUUUCGCUCGUUUGGGCCGAGCGUUGGCCGAAGUUCUGCAGACGCUGCCGGAAAACGUCCAGAUCUUCUCUGUAGGCGACGCCGGCCGCCACGGAGAGAAAGAGCUCAACGUCUGGUUCGCUGCUCGAGGAUCACCGUACUACAAACCUGAGAAACUGCAUGGAUACGCAGCGGCUAACAGAGCCAAGCUGGAGGCAGCGUUAGGCGUCUCCAUCGCUCAGGUCGGCGUUGACGACUGUUUCUACACCGACUGCAGUCAGUCUGGAGGCUGCAGCAGCAAGGUUUCCUUCAGCCAAUCACCGAUGGCCCUGAGCAGCGGGAACGUCUCUCUGGUGUCGCUGUCGCCCUCGACGACGGCGCUCUGCGGCUGCAGGAGCCGAGAGGAGACUCACCUGCCCUGCUCCGCCUACUCUACCAACCCCUGCUUCAACGGGGGGAGCUGCCAGGACGGACCGCUGGGAUACAGAUGUGAAUGUCCUCCCAUGUUCGACGGGCCCGAGUGCCAGCAGACCAAACACAGUUUCGGUGGCCAUGGUUACGCCUGGUUCCCUCCCAUCAUGCCUUGCUUCCAGAGCCACAUCUCCCUGCAGUUCCUGGCGGAGUCGGCCAACGGGCUUCUCCUCUACGACGGACCGCUGGGACCCGCUCACUCCGGAGAACAGGAGGACUUCAUCGCUAUAGAGUUGAGGAAUGGAGUUCCAGCUCUGAGUAUAAAUCAUGGAUCAGGAACGCUGACUCUGCAGCUUCCGCCAAAAUCCACCGUGACCGACCGGCGCUGGCAUCGCCUCGACAUCAUCAGUGAUGGAAAGGCCGUCCAGCUGAUCCUGGAUCAGUGUGGAGGCACAGCGGUGAACGAGCUGGAAGGAGUUGGCGUUGACGUUCAGGAGACGGACGACUCCGGCUGCAGAGCUUCAGGAGAAACACCUGGAAACCAGAAGUAUCUGAAUGUCUUCCAGCCUCUCCAGUUGGGAGGAAUGAAGGAAACGUCUCCUCACAGACGUUACCGCAGUUUCACCGGCUGCAUCCGAAAUCUGGUGGUGGACAGUCAGGUAUAUGACCUAGCGUCUCCAGGUGAGAGUGUGGACAGCUCUCCUGGCUGCAGACUAACAGACGGUGUGUGUGUGACGGCCGCCGGUCCUUCCUGCGGCCUUCACUCGUCCUGCCUCGCUGAGUGGGGGUCCUUCAGCUGCGAGUGUCACCCAGGAUACACGGGACACAAGUGUGACAGGGCUACUCCAGAGUUCUCCUUUGACUCAGGCAGCGUGGUUCGUUUCCAGCUCAGAGGAGGAGGCAGCUCUCGCCGCACCAACAUCCAGCUGCUCCUGAGAACCAGAGCUGCUUCAGGAACGCUGCUCUCCGUCACCUCACGGGACGCCAACGAGUUCAUCAUCCUGGAGAUCUCAGACGGUCUCCUCUCCGUCCGUUCCAACCUCGGCGACGGAGCUCACACUCUGCGGCUCGCCGGGCAGCGGGUCGACGUCGGCCAGUGGGUCAUGGUCAGCCUCAGUCGCCAUGACAACCUGUUCACCCUACGGCUGGAGAGAGGCGGGGGGUCGCGGGAGGCCGAGGCUCGGCUAGGGAACCGCAGGGAGAUGGUGGUUCAUCCGGCCAGCGUGAUGGUCGGGAACGGAGCCGAUGCUGGAGACAAGACAGACUUCCAGGGCUGCCUGAGGGACGUUCGUUUUAACGGCCAGGUCCUCCCUCUGGACGGACAGAGCCGGGACUUAGUGACAGUGCUAGAGAGGCGCAGCGUCACCUCAGGGUGCUCCAGUGACGCCUGCGGAGCCCAACCCUGCAGAAGCCCGCUGCGCUGCAUCGACCUGUGGAGGAAACACCAGUGCAGGUGUCCCGGUGGUCAGGUGACAGUAACAGAUGAUGCAGGUGAGCAGCGCUGCAUGCCAUCUCCGUGCGGUUCGUCUUCCUGCCGUAACGGCGGCGUGUGCCAGGCGCUGUCAGCUGAAAGCUACCGCUGCCGCUGCCAGGAGGGGUUCAGAGGUCAACGCUGUGAGCUGGGGCAGGUCAAAGGUCACCGGCUGGCCGCUCUCAGCCCGAGCUCCAUCCUGGCCAUCAGCAUGUGUCUGCUCGUCUUCUUUGCCGUGCUGGUGGCGGUGACGGUGUGGAACCAGAAAGGAAGCCGUAACAAGUUCAGGAAGCGAGGAGUUUAUCACAUUCCUGCUGAGCACGAGAGCUGGGAGGAUAUCAGAGAGAAUAUCCUCAACUACAACGAGGAGGGAGGAGGAGAGCAGGACCAGAACGGCUAUGACAUCACCGAGCUGAAGCGUCCUCUCUGCUCCAGUCUGUCUCAGUCCUCGUCCUGCACCACCGCUCCGCUCAUCAAGUCCUCCCCUGGCUCCCAGGAGGAGGUGCACCCGUCCGGCUCCUCCUGCAGCUCCGGCGCUCCUUACCUCAGCAUCCCUCAUCAUCAUCAUCAUCAGCAUCAGCAUCAGCACGCCAACGCCAACAACAACUACUCCGCUGAUGCAACCUACUCCAACUACGCCCCUCAGCUCAGUAGAGACAUGGAGGUGAGUGAUGUAGGAGGAUACGGGGAUGCAGCUGCCGCCGCCAUCGCCGCAGCGACGCCAGGGUCGAUGUCUCGCUCCCACGUUGACUUUAAAAACUACGUUUCUCGCAUCAUCUGGGAGGCGGACAACGACAGCGAGGCUUUCCCGCUGGACGCUUAUCAUGUGUGGUGCGUGGAGGGAUCGGGGUCGGCGGCAGGAAGCUUGAGCUCGCUGGGGUCGGUCGCUCGCCGCCGAAACGAUGAAGAGGAGGAGGAGGAAGAGGAGGAGGAGGAUGAUGAAGGGGGGUUCGGUUAUGACAGGCUGUCGCAGUGGGGGCCGAAGUUCCAGACGCUGAGCGAGAUGUACGACCGGCCGCAGCUGGCGCUCAGCUACAGAGAGGCGGUGGCUUUUAUACAGAGGAGCCAAGAACCGCUGCCACAGCACCACUAG